AUAACGUACUACUUUCAGCUAAAGAUCUGUACCGAUAAUAACAUGGAAUCAUGGUUUUGGAUUCUUGGCUGGAUUCUGUCCAUUCUGACGAUAACUGGAAAUGGAUUCAUUGUGCUUCUCGUGAUUAGUCAACGAAAGCUUCGCACCAAAACUAACGCGUUCAUCGUUUCACUUGCAGUGGCGGAUUUCUGUGUUGGGGCCUUCGCUUUUCCUUCACUGUUCUUCUGUGAAAUUAGAGAUGGCUGCAAUUGGCCUCGACCCUAUGCGUCCUGGGUGGAUUUUAUAAGGUGGCUCUUUGCGUACGCCUCUAUAAUGAACCUGUGCAGCUUAGCACUGGAUCGGUAUAUGGCUGUUGUAAAGCCAAUGAAAUACGUCAACUUCAUUACUGCGCGACGUGUCAUUCAACUUACGUUAAUUUCUUGGGUUAUCCCUCUUUGUCUUGUACUUUUUGCCUUUUUCAUGGUUUUGUAUUUAACAUUUUCUUCAUGUAGAAUAGUCUUAAGCGUAUGUUCUGCCCUACUCGAGAUUAUCUUCAGCUGCAUGUUAAUUUUCUGUUUUAUUUCCAUGGUGACAGUUGUAUGCAAGCAAACUCGAUCAUCAUCCAUCUUGGCAAAACAGUUACGGUUCAACCAUGGAGGUUUCAAAUUCAACGCAUAUGACAAAUCAGCAGUUGUCAUGUUGGCAGUUGUGGUUGGCUUUGCUCUCGCUUGUUGCGCAAUUUACAUGCGAUGUGCGUUUGAUCAGAUUUGGGGAAACCAAACAACUCAUGAUCACCUUUCGUGUAAAAAUGACUUCAAAUAUAAAAUACCAAUGUUUGUUCUGAACUCGGCCAUAAAUCCUCUGGCUUACGCUUUAUUCAAGCGUGACAUUAAAAGGGCAUUAAAAGGACACAAGCUUACCUCUGAGGUUGCUCGAUAA